CCGACGGUUGUGCGGAGUCACGCCGCGGCCCUGGCCGGGGUCCAGUGUCGCCCGUGUGUCGCCAUGCACGGAGCGGGACGCUGACAGAUCUCCGGCCCGGUAGGCGGAAUGGAGAGUCGAAGUGUGCCUCCCGGGCCUUAUCGGGCCACCAAGCUGUGGAAUGAACUUACUACAUCUUUUCGAGCAGGAAUGCCUCUAAGAAAACACAGGCAACACUUUAAAAAAUACGGCAAUUGUUUUACAGCAGGAGAAGCAGUGGAUUGGCUUUAUGACCUAUUAAGAAAUAAUAGCAAUUUUGGUCCUGAAGUUACAAGACAACAGACUAUCCAACUGUUAAGAAAAUUUCUUAAGAAUCAUGUAAUUGAAGAUAUCAAAGGCAGGUGGGGAUCAGAAAAUCUUGAUGACAACAGUCAGCUAUUCAGAUUUCCUGCAAAUUCUCCACUUAAAACUUUUCCACGAAGGCAUCCAGAAUUAAGGAAACACAGCAUGGAGAACUUUUCCAAAGAUAAAGAUAGUGUUUUUAAAUUACGAAAUUUAUCUCGUAGAACUCCUAAGAAGCUUGGAUUACAUUUGUCUCAGGAAAAUACAGAGAAAAUGAACUGUGAAAUAAUCAAUGAAGAUCAAGAAAACUCUGUUGGUAAUAGAGAAAUAAGCAAGGAAGAUGUUGAAGAAGUUUGGAGAUAUAUUAUUCUAAUCUACCUGCAAACCAUUUUAGGUGUGUCAUCCCUAGAAGAAGUCAUAAAUCCAAAACAAGUAAUUCCUCAGUAUAUAAUGUACAACAUGACAAGUACAAGUAAACAUGGAAUAGUUAUAUUACAAGACAAAUCAGAUGACCUUCCUCAUUGGGUACUAUCUGCCAUGAAGUGCCUAGCAAAUUGGCCAAGAAGUAAUGAUAUGAAUAAUCCAGCUUAUGCUGGAUUUGAACGAGAUGUAUUCAGAACAAUUGCAGAUUAUUUUCUAGAUCUUCCUGAACCCCUACUUACCUUUGAAUAUUAUGAAUUAUUUGUGAACAUUUUGGUUUUUUGUGGCUACAUCACAGUUUCAGAUAGACCCAGUGGGAUACAUAAAAUCCAAGAUGAUCCACAGUCUUCAAAAAUGCUUCGCUUAAGCAAUUUGAAUUCCUUCAAAUCAACUGAGUGUCUUCUUCUCAGUCUGCUUCAUAAAGACAAAAACAAAGAAGAAUCAGAUCCUACUGAGAAACUACAGAUAAAUGAUCGAGGAUUUCAAGAAAAAUGUGCUAAAAAAAUGCAGCUGGUUAAUUUAAAAAACAGAAGAGCUAGUGCUAAUGACAUAAUAGGAGGAAGCUGUCAUGAUUUAAUAGGCUUAAGUAGUGUGCAUGUUCUAUCCUCUAACAUCAAACCAAGGUGUUAUUCUUUAGAAGGAAUUGUAGAUUUACCAGGGAGUUCAAGUAAAGAGGUCUCCAGUGUCUUACAUCAAUCUGUUCUGAACAUAGAAGGACAAAAUAAUACACAAUUUUUAGCGUCUAAGACCAAACAAGAAUCCCUAAUGAAUCUUCAUUUGCAAGAAAAUAAUCAAAAGCCACUCUGUGUUGCUUUUAAGAGAACCUCUACUUUGACUGUUCAAGACCAAGAGGAGUUAUAUAAUGGGAAAUGCAAGUCAAAACAGCUUUGUAGAUCUCAGAGUUUACUUUUAAGAAAUAGUGCAAAAAGGAAUAGUUAUAUCAAUUUGCCAGUGGCUGAAAUUAUCAUGAAACCAAAUCUUGGACAAGUCAGCACAAAUGUACAAACAGCUAUGGAAGGUGAAUUCGGAGAGUCUAGUACCACAGUCAAUAAAAGAUUCUGCAAAAGUACAAUAGAACUUUCAGGAAAUUCUUUACCUCCAGCUUCUUUGUUGACUGGCACACAAAGUUUGCUGCAACCUCAUUUAGAGAGGGUUGCCAUCGAUGCACUACAGUUAUGUUGUUUGUUACUUCCCCCACCAAAUCGUAGAAAGCUUCAACUUUUGAUGCGCAUGAUUUCUCAAAUGAGUCAAAAUGUUGAUAUGCCCCAGCUGCAUGAUGCAAUGGGCACAAGAUCACUGAUGAUAUGUACUUUUUCUCGGUGUGUGCUAUGCUGUGCGGAGGAAGUGGAUCUUGAUGAGCUUCUUGCUUCAAGAUUAGUUUCUUUCUUAAUGGAUCAUCAUCAGGAAAUUCUCCAAGUACCUUCUUACUUGCAGACUGCAGUGGAGAAGCAUCUUGAUUACUUAAAAAAGGGCCAUAUUAAAAAUCCUGGAGAUGGACUGAUUGUUUCUCUGCCCACAUAUUCAUACUGUAAGCAGAUCAGUGCUCGGGAAUUUGAUGAACAAAAAGUUUCUACCUCUCAGGCUGCAAUUGGAGAACUUCUAGAGAAUAUUAUUAAAAACAAGAGUUUGCCUCUAAAGGAAAAACGGAAAAAACUAAAACAGUUUCAGAAAGAAUAUCCCUUGAUAUAUCAGAAAAGAUUUCCAAACACGGAAAGUGAAGCAACACUUUUUGGUGACAAACCUACAAUCAAGCAACCAAUGCUAUCUUUAAGAAAACCAAAGUUCCGCAGUCUAAGAUACUAACUGGAUGAAAAGUUAUGUAAUAUUUAUGGAACUUUGGUAAAUGAAGCCAUAUCUAAGAAUAUAGCUACUAAAAAGGAAGUCUAUUUAUUAACAAGUUUUUUUUAAAUAAAACACAUUAUGUAAGGAGAUGCCAAAAUAAUUUUUUAAUAAAUGUGAGACAGCUAAGAAACAAGUAGAUCUCAACUGAGAGCAAAUGACAAUAGGUGAUACCAGAUAUUUUAACCAAAAACAAUCUUUUGUUUCUUAUGCAAUAUCUUGUAAAGCUAUCAUGGUGUAUGAUAAAAUUUUAUCUACUUGAAUUUUGAAGAUGGAGAUGUUCAUCAAGAUUAAGCUCUAAUUCUGUUUACAAAAGAAAACAACUUAUCUGUGCAUGUGCUUUAUAAAUAUCAGAUAAAGAACUAGUUGUUUGGGGUUGCUUUUGUUUCUGAGUGUAAGAAUGUGAAGAGUAUUUGAAAACUCAAUGAAUUCUCUACUGCUAAAUAUUGCACUCUUUUGUAUAUUCUUUUUUUACCUUUUGAUCUAUUUAUAUAUGUAUGUGUUUUUAAUAUAUGUAUAUAUAAGACUUUGGUUUACCUUAAACAUUUAUCUCAACUGUUUCAGUCAUUCAUUUUGUCCAUAAAUAUCUUCUGCAUUCUUAUGUUCAUGAAUCUACUAGAAAAUAGAGAUAUAAAAGAAGUAUACUGCAAUCAUGUAUUCAUUCAAAAGAUAUCUAUUUAAUAACUAUGUGCCUUUCAUUAUCAUUGAUAUGAGGAGACAAUGAUGAAUAAAACAAAAUCUCUUCCCUUAAAGUAUUUAUUUUCCUAAUAAGUGAGAUGACAACUAUCAAAUAGUUUAACACAACUUCUGAAAUCAAGUCAUCGGGAUUCUUUGGCUGAAGACUAACCUCUCAUUAUGGAAUAGUUCUCUAAGCUAGUGUUUUCAAAUUGUUGCAUAUUAGGAUCACCUAGAAAGUUUUAAACCAAUAUAUGCUUGGCCUCUACCUUACACCAUUAAAUCUGAAUUUUAAGGAAUAGUAUAUAGGCAUCGGUAUUUUUAAAAUUCUUUGUGAUUCUAAUAUUCAACUAACUUUGAAAAUUAGUAUACUAAAUACUUGUAAACAUAUAAGUAAAGGUCAAGCUGGUGGCACACUGGCUUUAUUAUUUUGUUGAAAGAAAAUGCCAAUAUAAAUGACUCUCAUCUUAAUACAAGGUUAUCCAAAUUUCUUUUUGAUUGACUUGAAACAAACUUGAAGCAGCUUUUCUUCCAUAUUUUAUUCCAAGAUUGUUUAAUAUGCAUUCCUUAAGUGUAGAUACUUACUAUUCAAUGACUUCUGAUUUCUCAGUGUAAUGUCAUACUAUAAAAGGACAAUGCUCCAUUUGAAAUUAUUAUUUUUUACUAAAAAUUUGGGCAGAAAAUUGUAACUUUAUCUUUUUCCCAGAAACCUUACCUAUAAAAUUAUUGGACCAAAUUAGAUUUCUUUACAAGGUGUUUGUAUGCUAAAAUUUUUUCCUGUUUAAAACUGUAAUAAUGUGAAUUGUGUUGCAUAUUAAGUUAAAAGUUACUGUGAGUUUUGUAACAAUAUGUAUUUAAGAUUAAAUAUACAUUCUAAAGAUGUAGUAAACUUUUAUCUGAAUUAGUGUAUGUGGAAUUGAGAUUACAAAAUACAUGGUGUAUUACUUUAAUAAUGUGAAUUCUGAAGUCAAGUUUGAAUCCUAUUGUAUAACAUUUGACAAAUUACUUAACAUCUCUAAGUCCCAGGAUAUUUAUCUGUAAGAUAGAAAUUGUGAUAGUACCUCUCUUUUAGGAUUGUCGUGAAAAUAAAUAGAAUAAUGCAUGUGAAUUGUUUAACACAGUGUUAG